AUGACUUUUGAAAUUUUCGAUGAUCUCCGUCUUUGGGCAGAUACAUUGCAGGAAUAUCUCAAUUGUGUCAGAUAUUUUGCAAGUGUCUGUUCAGCGCCUAAAUCCAGUCGUCUCCAUGCGUAUUUACCAUCACCCAGGGUUUCCAAUAGCACCAUGGAUACUUCAACAUCCGACGCUCUUGAUGCCACCGAUUUUGCUCAACCUCUUUCCGUCCACUCUGCAUCUACUUAUUCUUCCACUUCCACCUACUACACUUAUUUCUCCAACUUUCUCUCUCGCGUAAUCCAUCCAUACCAACGUCGCCAUGAAGAAAGCAAAAGUGAUGGAUUUCUCCAUGUCACUGUUGAUCGACUUCUUUUUGUUGCCUUCUCUGGUCAUAAGCCUGUUCUAGUUUCCUCCUGGAAUUUUAUUAAUGGAGAUAUCAGUGUCUAUGGAACAGGUCGAAUUUCAGCGAGUGCUUCGGGUGAAAGGGAUAGUAAGAUAUUCUAUCUUGUCGAACCAGCAGGGCGUUGUGUUUUCGCCUGCGAAAAAGCAGCAGAAUUAAGCACUUGGAUCCAAAGAGUUACACGUCCUGCGUCAUUUCUUUACGAACGUCGGUGGUUGUCCUCUGUUUCUGCACAGCUUGGAAAAGACCAGGCUAUAGUGCUUUUGCCUUUCAAUGGAGCAGGUAAACAAUUUCAAGCCAGCUUGGGAGACAUAUCAGAGAAUCAAGCCAGCAUGGCAUCUCAACGGCCGCCGAACUCAGCAAGGUGUGUUUGUAAAGACUCCUCUCCAACUGCGUCGAUCUGUCUUCCCCACUUUCGUGGAAGUGCCACCUGCUCCUAUCGUCCGGCCAAUGGCCAUCGAAUUCGGUUCUUGAGUCAUCCCAACGACAAGUCGGUACUCAGCUCUUGUAUUGGACACAUUCAAACUGGCCGACAACAUGAUGGAUGUGUCCUUCGACACAGCUUCUGCAACGUAUCCUGUGCUCAUAAUUUGCAUCCGCCCCUUCAACAUCCGAUACAAUCGACUGGUAAUGGACCGUGUAAUACUUCACUUACAUCAACAAUGACGGGCAGCACUGCUGAUUUAUCUGAUGACGAGAGCCCAGCAAUGGUUGAGCUCUCGCCCCUCCCUCUUGAUUACUUACCAGGUUUCAACACUUCGAAUGCCACAAUUACCAAAGACAAGGAUAGAAACGGGCGAUCUUCGCAUGAAGACGCAGCUGUACUCGAGGUGAACGUUGAGGUUCAUAAUCCAGCCUCAAAUAAUGCUGCUAGCUCAUCUAAGAUCUCAUCAACAUCUCCUAAAUCGACAUUCUAUUCCCCUUCGUUGUCACCGACACUACCUACAAGAUCUGAAUCUCCAACACAACGAACAUCUCGAUCGAGACUUACGAACUCUUGGUCAACCUCCAUCACCAACUUCUCGCCUUUCGUUCCUUCCUCAGUUUUACCGUCCUCUUCCCAGAGUAACCAAAUGUACCAGAAUUUGGGUGAUGAGGAGUAUCCGAAUAAGUCCAUUGAAAAAGUAGUGACUGAAGCCGUGUUUAGAGGCGCAAAAAACUCAAUUUCAGUACUUCGCGCAGUGUCUGAAUGUCGUGAUUUCACUCCCACCAAUAGUGUUGGUUGUACCUAUAUGCAUCAGUGGUCUCGAACGCAUCAGCACACCUCGUCCAGUGGUGGAGUGGUGGGAGUGGCUUGUUCAGUGCCUUGGGACGCUGCUCCAACAGCACAGAAACCCCGCACGGGCCAACUCUACUCCACCCGAGAGAAGAUCAGGGAAGCUGCGUUGAAAGUAGCAGCUGCUGCAGUGUCUCCACUUUCAUCUCUACCUUCGGGUAAACCCUCCCCACCUCCCUCGGCUUCUUCAGACGAUGAGGCGAACAAUGAAACGGAAACUGCAGGCAAGUUAAGAAUAAUAUCGUUUGUCUGCCUGCAUAGUCAAACCGUCACCAAUGUCCCCCCUCUGAAUUCUGCCGUUUCUGAACCUUCACGCCAAACCUCAGUUUUAUCCUCAAACUUGCCGCGUUACGUCAAUCUUAGCCCACUGUCACCGCCAUCAGUAACUGCCUCAUCUCCACCUAUGGCAAUCAUGUCGGCUAGCACAUCUCAGUCGGCACGUAAUUACCUCAGUUACAGUCCCUAUGUGCCUCUAUCCCGUCAGCGAUCAAGCAUCAGUGGACACUGGCAAAAUCAAGUUCAAAGUGGUGGUCGGAUGCGAACUCUUAGCAGUGAAUAG